AUGGUUUUCGUUUUUCGUAAUAUAUGGAGUUUGAAGCAUUCAAUGACCAGCGAUAAUGACAUUGUCGUCAGGCUUUCAAGGUCAGUUGAUGGGUAUAUAACACUUUUGAAUCCAAGGGUAUGCGUGGUUUUGCAUUGCACAGAUCCAGCCAGACGUAUUGUACAAUACAAGAAAAUGUCGUCUAAAAUCACUGCAAGUUAUGAAAAUGUUUCCGAAGUGGCAGAUCACAUCAGAAAGCUGAUAAAUAUUAAGCCAGAAAUUGGCAUCGUUUGUGGAAGUGGUCUUGGGGAGCUAGCCAAUGGUGUUCAAAAUGCUACAGUUAUCCCAUAUGUAGAUAUACCUGGUUUCCCGAAUUCAACUGUACAAGGACACUCUGGAAACUUAGUUUUCGGAACGCUGAGUGGCCGUAAAGUGGUUGUGAUGCAGGGACGAUUCCACAUGUAUGAAGGAUGGACAAGACAUGAAAUAGCCAUUCCUAUUCGCGUCAUGAAGCUGUUGGGAGUGAAGACUCUAUUGUUGAGCAAUGCUGUUGGUGGUUUAAACAGAGAUCUUAAAGGUGGAGAUUUCGUUGUUCUGAAAGACCAUCUUUACUUUGCUGGUCUUGGUUUAAAUGGUAUUCUAGUUGGUGAAAAUGAAGACAAAUUUGGCCCUCGAUUCCCAGCUCUUUCAGAUGCCUACGACUCCGACCUGAGAAAGUUGGCCAUAAAAAUAGCGAGAGAGGAGAAGUUUGGAGACGUUGUCCACGAAGGUGUCUACGGAAUGAAUGGUGGUCCAUGUUAUGAAACACCCGCUGAGUGCAAAAUGAUGCUCAUGAUGGGUUGUGAUGUUGUUGGUAUGAGUACCAUCCCUGAAGUGAUAUUCGCUCGUCACUGUGGAAUGAAAGUACUUGCAAUUUCAUUAGUGACAAAUAUUAGCGUUUUGGACGUUGACAGUAAAGUAUGUGCAAAUCAUGAAGAGGUGUUAGCAAUGUCGAACAAACGUGCGACUCUAUUACAGUCAUGGUUCGCCAAGAUUAUUUCCAGAUUACCAUCUGAAUAA